GGUGGCAAGGUGCUAGGGGGCUUGCUGUUGACACGUGGCAGGUGGCAAUGGGAGGAAAGGGGCCCGUCGCUCUACCGCCUUGUGGGGGUCAUGAGCUUCCACAACACAACGCGCAAGCAGGAAAUAUUCAUCCCACAUGUGUCGGCGAGCGUGAUGCUGCUCUCCUCUCACUCCAUCCAAGGCAUCUCCACACACGUUUCUAUCGCUCCGCGCCAUCCGGGCGGCAAGCCUGCCGCCCGGGCGGACGGGUACUGGCCGGCGUACAUCACGCGGGCGGGCAAGGGUACAGCAAUGGAGGUCACUGUUGAGAUUCGGGCGGCAGACUCAGAUUCAGUGGAUGAUGCAGCCCUCUCACAGCUCAAGGCCGCCCGGCUGGAUGUGCAUUACAGGGCGUACGGGCCACAUGGCAGCCUGCCAUUGGUGCAGCACAUCAUCCUGCCCCUCGCCUUCCCCCCCUGCCCGCCCUCAUCCGCUCCUCACGCCCCUCAGUGGCGCAGCAUCGCACCGGGCAUAUCGGUGCUGGCCGUGCCAACGCACCUGCUAUGCCACCUCGACGACCCGCUCCUCGUGCUCCGACGCUAUGCAGCGCCGUAUCUGCAGCCGGGCGACGUGGUGACACUUGGCGAGACCCCAUUGGCCAUCAUGCAGGGUCGCUUCCGCCACCCGGACUCUGUGAGCCCGGGCCCUGUGGCUCGCUGGGCGUGCCGCCGCUUCCUGCCCACCUCGUCCCUUGCCACCGCGUGUGGUAUGCAGGCCCUUAUUGAUGUGGUGGGGGUGGUGCGCGUGAUAGUGGCGGUGCUGCUGGCGGCGCUGGCACGAGUGCUGCUGAGGCGGAGGGGUGUGUUUUACCAGUUGGCAGGGGAGCAGGCGCGACUCAUUGAUGACGUCACAGGGACUCUGCCUCCCUACGACCAGUUCAUCACCCUCGGCCCCCUGCGACCACAGGAGACGGUGGAGGGGUUGAGUGCGAAGCUGGGGUGUGGAGUGGCGGUGGUGGACGUUAACGACCUAAAAAAAGUGCAGAUCCUCGCUGCGUCAGCAGGGGUGGACCACACGAGGCUCACCACAGCACUGCUGCCUAACCCAGCAGGGAAUGCGGAGGAGCAGACUCCAAUAGUUAUUGUGCGCGGAUGCAGCAAGUCAUGA